UUAAAGUCGCAAUGACGGAAACUUUUUUUGAAUUCGUAUUUGGCGACCACAGUGAUAAAUACCAUGACCGUUGAUCACAUCCAGACGUUGAUCCGACGGUUGAACCAGCGCCUUCCAUUUCUCUUUGUUUCAGACGCUCAACGAAUUAUUGCUGCAGUAAUCCAUGGAUGAUCUGAUCUGAGACCGCGUACAUACGGACACAGCUUCUAAGAAACUUGGGAGAGGCUUUUAUCACCAGUCGCCCUCGCGACACGUGUCUAGCAUUCACGUCUUAUGGGCGUACUCUCUUCUGUUUCUCUACCCGCAACACCUUCACCACACCGUAUCAUUCGCCUCUCCCUCUCUCUCCCCGACUAGAACAAAAACGGUUAACGUUAACGUUUUUCUUGAUCUUGGUGGUAAUGAGGGGGAGCUUGUUGUUUAAUGGCAACCGUCGAACGGUCCUGAAAUUCAGACAACUUGCUAUGCAGCCGAAGAUAAAGCUUAUACUCUGCUGCUGCAUCGCGUUGACGGUGAUUCUACUACUUCACCAAGGUACCUUCUUCGUCGAAUGGACCGAUAGCAGCACCGAGCUGAUGGAUCAGUUCGCUCCGCCACGUAAGGGAUAUGCAAUUUUAAUGAACACAUGGAAGAGAUAUGAUCUGUUGAAGGUAUCGGUUGCUCACUAUGCCUCAUGUCCUGGACUUGAUUCGAUACACAUAGUGUGGAGCGAGCCUGAUCCUCCUUCAAAAUCGCUCAAAAAAUUUUUAUACAAUGUUGUUGAGAAGAAUUCAAGGAUGAGGCGGCAAGUUGAGCUAAAAUUCGAUAUUAAUAAGGAGGAUAGUUUGAACAACAGAUUUAAGGAGAUUAAGGAUUUGGAGGCUGAUGCUGUAUUUUCGAUUGAUGAUGAUAUUAUAUUUCCUUGCUCUUCGGUGAAGUUCGCUUUCGAUGUUUGGCAAAGUGCACGAGAUACAAUGGUUGGAUUUGUACCUCGUAAUCACUGGAGAGAUGACACGGGUAAUUAUGUAUACGGUGGGUGGUGGUCUGUUUGGUGGACUGGUACAUAUAGUAUGGUCCUCUCAAAGGCUGCCUUUUUCCAUAAAAAAUACUUGGGAGUUUACACAAAUGAGAUGCCAGCAUCAAUUAGAGAAUAUGUAACAAAGAACAGGAACUGUGAAGAUAUUGCAAUGUCCUUUCUUGUAGCAAAUGUGACUGGUUCUCCCCCUAUAUGGGUUAAAGGUAAUAUAUACGAGAUUGGCUCAACUGGCAUUAGCAGCCUGGGGGGUCAUACUGAGAAAAGAACCCAUUGUGUUAAUAGAUUUGCUGCUGAAUUCGGCCGAAUGCCACUGGUGUCUACUUCUGUGAAGGCUGUUGAUAGUCGCAAGCUCUGGUUUUGGUAAUACUGUAGUUUCCACCUUAUUUGAAAUACUAAACUUCCACUUAUCAGUUAAGAGUCAUAUCAAUUCAUUGUUUCUAGUUAGAGUUUUGCUAAUUGGAUUCAGUUACAUGUCCCUGGGACAAUUUUGUAUUAUUAUUACCAUGUAACAAAUAGGCAGUUGGUCGUUUAAAAGUAACAGAAAGGGAAGAAUAAUGUAGAUACUAGACUUCUAUUUCUUUUUGGAUAGGUACCUUCAAAAGGGUUAUCUGUGAUUUUUAUUUGUGUACACAUACAAUUGACUUAAGAAUAGCUUUUACAUA